CUACUCUAUACUCUAGAUCUCUUCCUCACCUUCCAGGAGCUUUGCUCUUCGAUAUUAGUGAUACCAAGAUGGAGGCAGAACUCCAGUCACAGAUUCCAGGCCUCGACCAUGUGAUCUCGGAAUACUCUGUGGGCUAUCUGACACAUGCUUCAAGGGCAUAUGUCGAGGACGCAAAUGCCCCGUCACCAUUGGCGGAAGCCGCUGACAUGGUCACUGAGCUUCUGGUUUCUGCAUCCGGAGACUUCUCCGACAAAAAUGAAAAAGCUAUUCGGAACUUAGUGGAAAAGUUCAUUUCUUCUUUGAGUUCUGCGGACGGUGUCGAUGCGGAGCGGAGGCAAAUGCCAUUCACUGCUAAGAAGUUAGAUCAGGCCAUCAAUGUUGGGUCCCAGAGAAACAUGUCCUCAACUUUGGGACUUGCUGGUGGAAAUGUCGACCUGGAAUCUGCCAACAGCAGGAAAGUAGAGUCCCGUGUAGACCGCAAGAAGCUUGAAAAGGCAGAGCGAAAGAUCCGUGCCAAGCAGGAGAAGAAGCAAAUGAAGAUGGUGCAAUACGAAUCGUCCCGUCUCCUCGACCAGCCAGAUAGCACCAUGUCUUAUGAGGAGUUUUUCAUGGCUGUUAACCCGCUCCAGCUGGGCUCAGAUUCUGCAGCAAAGAGCAAGGACAUUAAAAUCGAUAGCAUUGAUACCUCUGUUGGUGGUCAUCGAAUCUUGACCGAUGCUUCUCUUACCCUGGCGUACGGUCGACGGUACGGUCUAGUUGGUCAGAAUGGUAUAGGAAAGUCUACUCUUCUGCGGGCCUUGAGCCGUAGAGAAGUCGCAAUCCCAAGCCAUAUAUCGAUUUUGCACGUUGAACAGGAGAUCAUGGGUGACGACACUCCUGCUCUGCAAGCGGUUCUGGACGCAGAUGUAUGGCGAAAGCGUCUUCUCGCAGAUCAAGAUAGAAUUACGAAACAAUUGACUGCUCUAGAAGCGGAACGAUCUUCGAUGGCAGACACAUCUACAGAUGCUGCCAGGCUUGAUCACGAAAGGGAGGGUUUAGACAUAACCUUAAGUGAUAUCCACUCCAAACUUUCAGAAAUGGAAUCGGACAAAGCCGAAUCGCGAGCUGCUAGUAUCUUGGCUGGUCUUGGAUUUUCACCCGAAAGACAACAGUUUGCAACAAAAACCUUUUCUGGUGGUUGGAGAAUGAGAUUAGCUCUAGCGCGAGCUCUAUUCUGCGAGCCAGACUUACUUCUUCUAGAUGAGCCCUCCAACAUGCUGGACGUUCCGUCCAUCACAUUCUUAUCCAACUACCUCCAGGGAUACCCUAGUACUGUUCUCGUGGUCUCGCACGACCGGGCUUUCUUAAACGAGGUUGCCACCGACAUUGUGCAUCAACACUCUGAAAGGCUGGAUUACUAUAAGGGGGCCAACUUUGACUCGUUCUAUGCUACCAAGGAGGAACGGAAGAAGAAUGCGAAGCGCGAAUAUGAAAAACAAAUGGCAGAAAGAGCACAUCUGCAAGCAUUCAUCGAUAAAUUUAGAUACAACGCAGCAAAGUCAUCUGAGGCGCAAUCCCGGAUCAAGAAGCUCGAGAGGAUGCCAGUCUUGGAAGCCCCAGAGAGUGAUUAUGUUGUGCAUUUCAAAUUUCCAGACGUCGAGAAGCUUUCUCCCCCCAUUGUACAGAUGUCCGAGAUUGCCUUCGGUUAUUCCAAGGAUAAACCCCUUCUAAGAAAUGUUGAUCUCGAUGUGCAACUUGACUCUCGGAUAGGAAUUGUUGGACCAAACGGUGCUGGUAAAACCACAGUUUUGAAGCUGCUAACUGGCCAGCUUGAGCCCACUUCUGGCCUUCUUUCGCAACAUGCUCGCUUACGUAUUGGAUACUUUGCCCAACAUCAUGUUGAUGCUCUGGACCUGACGACUAGUGCGGUAAGCUUCAUGGCGAAGACAUACCCUGGAAAGACAGAUGAGGAAUACCGCAGGCAUCUGGGAGCAUUUGGAAUCACUGGAAUGACUGGGCUUCAAAAGAUGGAGCUCCUAUCUGGAGGACAAAAAUCUCGUGUCGCAUUUGCUUGUUUGUCGUUGACAAACCCACACAUUUUGGUCCUUGACGAGCCUUCCAAUCACUUGGAUAUUGAAGGUAUGGAUGCAUUGUCUGAGGCAUUGCAGAGGUUCGAAGGUGGUGUCGUGAUGGUAUCCCACGAUGUGACAAUGUUGCAGAACGUCUGCACUAGUCUUUGGGUGUGCGACAAGGGAACAGUAACCAAGUUCGAUGGCACCGUCAACGCCUACAAGAAGAUGAUCAGUUCGCAAGCCAAUGAAGCAGGUGUAGCAGUUGCCCACUAA